GCCUACCAUCCCCUCCUCCACAUAUAAAACCCUCUCACCCCCUCCAUCCCAUCUCAUGCAUUGUUUUGUGGCCUCCAGCUGAGCCCCCUCAAGGUCUUUCCCUGUACAUACACACACUCUUGUAAAGAUCCCAGCAGCUACUGCCGUUCCUACUCUCUCUCUCUCUCAGUCCAAAUGGAUCCCAUUAGCAUGGAGAAGAUCAGGGCCAUGAACAAGUACAACAAGAGCAGGAGGCAGCUGCAGCUUCCUACUCUCUCAGUCUACAUGGCUGCCACCUUUGUCCUCUGCCUGCUGCUCACUAGCCCUGCCUGGUUCCCUAGGCUGUGCUCGGCCCUUGGCUUUUUCUUCCUCACCACCCUCCCUGACAUGGUCAAAGCCUUCUUGCUCAGCCCCAAGUGCCUCUUCGUCGUCGGCAACCUCAUCGUCGCCUUCCUCGUCGGGGAGUCUAGGCUGGCUCCGAAGAGGGACGACGACCACCAGCAGCCUUCCUUGGUGAACGAGAUACACGAGGAGCACGUGAAGAAGAACACAGCGAUGGCCACAAAGGAGACUACCGCAGCAGCAGUGGCGGUGGUGGCGGCUGACCACAGCGCCUUCGUCGGAGCCGCCGUAGUGGAGGAGGAGGUGAUGGAGGUGAAGGAAGAGGAAGGAGAAGAGGAGGAGCUGCACAAGAGAGUGGAGGACUUCAUUGCAAGGGUCAAGAAGCAAAGGAAGCUGGAGCUCAAGAGCUUCUUCGAUGUCGAUCGAUGACGACUAUGAUAUGGCAGGUGCAAAUUGCUGCAAGAUUCGCUCGCCCUAAAAAGGAUCUGUAAUGCUUUGUGCUGCUAGCUAUCCUUGAUUCUAUCACUUGUUAGGUUAAAAUGUCAGAGGUAAAACGAGGAGGAGAUCUGGAGAUGAACCCAUUCCACUGUAGGAAUUGCAGUGUAACUGAGGUGGAGCCAUGGCAAGUAGAGUAUAUUAGGAAAAAGGAGGCAAUGGAUGUGUGUGAUCUCUGAAAAAGGGUAAAAAAAAAAGGAAGAAAGGUGAUGCAUGGUGUGUUUCUUAUCUUGCUUUAUGUCAAAGCUCAAUUGGCAUGAAACCAUGAUGAUGAUGAUA